CUGUAAGCACAAUAAAAAUAGUUCUGCUGUGUGUAUUUAAGAUGAAAUCAUGUCCUGUUUGGGACUCAGGGGUCAGUGAUUACCUGCCGUGAAGCUGUCAUUACAAAACAACCUCUUGUUUCCUUUGAUGUUCUUUUUAGUCAUGGACCUCAUCUUGCUGUUACACACUUGUUCAUGCUCACUUUAACUGUAGCGUGGUUGGUCUCUUUAAAACACACCCAGUUGGCAUACAAUAGUGGAAAAUGCUGCACCAACACUGGCACACAUCAAUUUGGGAGUAUAGUAAUGUCUAGGAACACACUAACAAAGCCUUUGUGUUAGAACUUUUCACAUUCACAUAGCAGCAGGAAGAACCGGCUGGGCAAAGAUGCUUUUACAUAUCUGAGUGGUUCAUUAAAACUACAAAUAUAUAUAUGAGCUAUGAAUUGCAAGUGGCUGGUUUGUUUAGUUAAUUCCGGAUGGUUAGAUUCCAGCCUCUUCUUUGGAAAUUCGCAAUAUCAGCAUUCAGCAGCCACAAAGUUAGUCUUAUAUUCACAGUUGUUUGUUCUUCACAAACAAGGCUUAUCUAUGUAUUUUAAGCCAAACCUUGUAAAAAGACCCAUCUGUUUAAUGUUGGAUUUCCACUGCUGCUCACACUGUGUGGAGCCUUUUCAGGAAGAGGAAUUUAACAGAACAACUAUAGAUUCUGACAUCAACAAGGCAUGAUUAAGAUGUUGCAAUUUGUCAAAACAGUUCUUGUUUCUGUUUGUCAUGUGUUUUUUGAAAGAUCUUUCUCUUCUAACUCAGUGCUGAUCUAAUACAGAAAACUGCUAACUAAGCGUUUUUCAGAUCAAAGGUCCUAAUCCAAAGUAAUUUAUUAACACUGGCCUCCUUUACGUGGUGCUCGACAAAUUGAGUUGCUGGAAAAAGAGCACAGUGGUGUUCUUUUACACAGCCACGGAUAUAAAAUGCAAUGCCAUGUGUUUUAACAGUCCCUGUGAGUUUCUCAAAUACACAUACUGCUAUUCUGUUCAUGUCUUUGUUGUGCUUUAACUGUUAUUUAGCACAAAGAAUUAACCCAGCUGCACAAAACCGGUCUGCCCGAUUUUCCAUUUUGCGUGGGUUGGGAGGGGCUGAUGGGUUAAAUGUGGGGGACAAAUGGGUGUGGCUAAUAUGACCUCAUGGAGAAAUUAGGUAAUGAGGUCUGGUCUUUACUUGGUGCGGUCUAUCUUAUCCAUGUGGCUUGCUUAUCACCUUGUCUUUUCCUUUGGUGGAAGUUGCAUACGCACAGUAAGAUCUUCUGUGUCCCGAGCUUCUAAUUUUAAUUGAAUGACAAUUUUCUUGAUAAAUCAAGCAGGUGGCUCUUUGUUUUCUACCUCUUGUUUGCAUUGACACACUCAGAUCAUAUGUUUCUGCCAUCUCUGCCUGCACAGAUUACAUUCUGCGGCAUUCAUUGCUUCCUCAGCAACUUUAGAGCACACAUGCCUGGGUGCCAAGCCUUGAUGAAUUGAGUCACAGCUUGCGGGUGUUGACCCCCAUCCUUUCAUUCCCGCCGUUCUCUCUCACUUUCUGCCUGCCUUUCUUGUACAUGCUGCUGUUUGGUUGGCGUUGCCAUGGCACCGUAUGGCCAGAAAGAGGCUUCACAUACAGCAUCUUGUGUUCUCUUCACAGAGGGCCGCUGAGCUGCAGUGACGCAAAAACACACAGUAGACGAACGCAGCCGAAUGGACCGGUGCUCAGGACUCUGCAGCUCUGUCUAACACUCACAGGGGCUCCCUUCCCCUGUCCGCACUCAGCAGAGAGACAGUCACAGACCUGACUGUAUUUUGUGACUUUUUGUGUGGUUUGCCUACUCUUGCCUAAUUCUAUUCAACCAAAGACUUUUUUUUUGGUGGCUCUUGAUUUUAAACCAAACCAUUUUUCCGGAACAAAACUGGGAUUUUCCCCCAUAUUAUGCACAUCAAUGGAUACCAGUGGCUCAGUGGUUAGCAUGGGAUCUGAGGAGCAGUCCUUUCAUGUCCGCUACAGGAUGGAGGUGUCCUGUCUGGAGCUGGCGUUGGAGGGUGAACGGCUCUGUAAGGUGGGCGACUACAGAGCAGGGGUGUCCUUCUUUGAAGCGGCCAUCCAGGUGGGCACAGAGGACCUGCAGGUACUCAGCGCCAUCUACAGCCAGCUGGGCAAUGCCUACUUCCACCUGCAUGACCACGCUAAGGCCCUGGAGUUCCACCGGCAUGACCUCACCCUGACCAGGACAAUUGGUGACAUGCUUGGAGAAGCCAAAGCCAGUGGAAACCUUGGCAACACAUUGAAGGUGUUGGGGCGGUUUGACGAGGCUGUGGUUUGCUGUCAGAGGCACUUGGACAUAGCCAGAGACAUCAAUGACAAGGUGGGUCAGGCACGAGCUCUGUAUAAUUUUGGGAAUGUUUACCACGCCAAAGGCAAAAGUAUCUGUUGGAGUGGAGCCGAGCCGGGAGACUUCCCAGAGGAUGUGAUGGAGGCUCUGGGGAAGGCCGCUGAGUAUUACGAGGCAAACUUGGCUAUAGUGAAGGAGCUUGGGGAUCGGGCCGCUCAGGGUCGAACCUAUGGUAACCUCGGCAACACGUACUACUUACUGGGAAACUUUCGCCAAGCGGUUGCUUCCCACGAACAGCGGCUGCGCAUAGCUAAGGAGUUUGGAGACCGCUCUGCAGAGAGAAGGGCAUACUGCAACCUGGGGAACGCCUACAUAUUUUUGGGGGAAUUUGAAGUGGCAGCUGAACAUUACAAGAGGACACUGCAGCUGGCAAGGCAGCUGAAGGAUCGAGCGGUGGAGGCCCAGGCGUGCUACAGUCUGGGCAACACAUACACACUUCUCCAGGAUUAUGAGAGAGCCAUAGACUACCACCUCAAACACCUCAUCAUAGCCCAGGACCUCAAUGACAGGAUUGGGGAGGGCCGUGCUUGCUGGAGCCUUGGAAAUGCUUACACUGCACUAGGGAACCAUGACCAAGCGAUGCACUUCGCUGAGAAACACCUGGAGAUCUGCAAAGAGACUGGAGACAGGACGGGGGAGCUGACGGCUCGUAUGAACGUGUCUGAUCUCCAGAUGGUUCUCGGUCUGAGUUACAGCACAAAUAACUCCACUAUUUCAGAGAAUAAGGAGAUAGACUACAGCCUGCAUGGAGCGAGACCCAGGAUAGGCAGAAGACACAGCAUGGAGAACCUGGAGCUGAUGAAACUCACUCCAGACAAGAUGAAUGGACAGAAGUGGAACAGUGACAUCCUGACCAAACAGUCCAAACCCUCCAUGACGAAGAGCUCCUCCAAGCUGUUCUUCGUCAGCCGUCUGCGUGGGAAGAAGUUCAAAUCUGGUGGCUCCAGUAAAGUCCUGCAGGACACCAGCAACACCCUGGACACCAGCCAGACCCCCGCACAGGGGCCACAGAAGAGACUCAGUCCUGACAUGCUCGGAGACGAAGGCUUCUUUGACCUGCUGAGCCGUUUCCAGAGCAACCGCAUGGACGACCAACGCUGUUCAAUCCAGGACAAGGGCAGCAGGUUAUCGCUAAGCAGCGGCCCAGAGUCGCCUCCCAGAGCCAUCAGGAAAUCUGUGUCAGAGUCAGCCAACGUCUCGGGCGCACAGGGCCGGCGGUUAGAGGGGUCGUCAGCAGCGGGGGGGAGCCUGCCCGGCCUCAGGCUCCAUCACAACAGCAACCAGGCGGUGCUCAGCCACCUGAUGGCCAACGCCGACAACACUGAGCCUGACGACAACUUCUUUGACAUGCUUGUCAAGUGCCAGGGGUCCCGUUUGGAUGACCAGCGCUGUGCCGCUCCCCCUCCUCCAAUCAGAGGGCCGACUGUACCGGACGAGGACUUCUUCAGCCUCAUCAUGCGCUCUCAGGCCAAACGGAUGGACGAGCAGCGCGUCACGCUCCCGUCUGCACCUAGAACUACAGCCAGGCCGAGCACCGGCUCCUAAACUCAGCUUACGGGGGGGUACUGGGGUUUCUAUUUUCAUCUCAUGAAGGUGUGGACAGCAUUAUGAAAGACCAGCGUGUCGUCACUCACAAGAAAGCCUUGUGUAUCUUCAUUCCUUUUGGACAAAACAAAGCACUGUCAGAAUUAUAUUUAGUAUGUCUAAAUCUCAGCCUCACUUGUUUCGCACUCACAGUAGCAUCAGGGACAAAAGUGUUGUUUUUUAUCGUUUUGUACAAACUUUAUUUCACCCUGUGUGUAUUUUUAAAUACACACCUGCAGUUGUAUCUGUAUUUAUUGUACUUUUUAUGAUUGUUAGGAUUUUUUUGUUAACUGCUGUCCUACCACUAUCGAAAAAUGUGGUUUUACUCGGUUGCGUCUGAGUCAGUGGGACUCAGAGGUACAGCACUCUAUCCAUGUAUUUUGUUUGUGAGUUUUUUUUGUGUUUUUUUUUUAAAGGGGGGCCUAAAAGCUACCAAGGUCAGAAUAAGGAAAUGGAAUUUUUUCGCAAACUGUAUGAUAAAAUAAUUAAUCUAACCCCUGUAUAGCCCUUAUGUUUGUUUGUACUUGGCCAGAGGAAUAAAGCCUCUUCCAUGUCCA